GGGAGGUGCAGGCUGAGGCGGUUGCGGCGGCUACGGCUUGAACGGGCCUGACGCUGGCGGCGGAAAGUGUCCCGCGGGCGGGUUAUGUGAACGCGGAGCCCUUAGCAGAAGUCAGUGCAAUUUUAAUUUGAAGCAAAACUGAGAAAUGGGUUCCUCUUCCUCUUUCAUCCAUACUGCUUUGUGAUGGCCAUGGCAUAAGGGUUUUUUUUCCAGGAAUCCAGCUUUGCAUUAGCACUGAACAAGAUUUGUGAUGAAAUGGAGCCUGGAACAAACUCUUUUCGAGUAGAAUUUCCUGAUUUUUCCAGUACCAUUCUGCAGAAACUGAACCAGCAGCGCCAGCAAGGACAAUUAUGUGAUGUCUCCAUUGUUGUCCAAGGCCACAUUUUCCGGGCACACAAAGCUGUUCUUGCUGCCAGCUCACCCUACUUUUGUGACCAGGUACUCCUGAAAAACAGCAGGAGGAUUGUUUUACCUGAUGUGAUGAACCCAAGGGUGUUUGAGAACAUUCUCCUGUCUAGUUAUACGGGACGUCUAGUAAUGCCUGCUCCAGAAAUUGUUAGUUACUUAACAGCAGCAAGCUUCCUCCAGAUGUGGCAUGUGGUAGACAAAUGCACUGAGGUUUUAGAGGGAAAUCCUACAGUCCUUUGUCAGAAGUUAAAUCAUGGCAGUGACCACCAGUCUCCAAGCAGCAGUAAUUAUAAUGGCCUAGUAGAGAGCUUUGAGCUAGGCUCUGGGGGCCAUGCUGAUUUCCCCAAAGCCCAAGAACUGAGGGAUGGAGAGAAUGAAGAGGAGAGCACCAAAGACGAGCUGUCAUAUCAGCUUACUGAGCAUGAAUACCUUCCCAGCAACUCGUCCACAGAGCAUGACCGGCUGAGCACAGAAAUGGCGAGCCAGGAUGGAGAGGAGGGGGCUAGCGACAGUGCCGAAUUCCACUACACCCGGCCCAUGUACAGCAAACCCAGCAUAAUGGCUCACAAACGCUGGAUCCACGUGAAGCCUGAGCGCUUUGAACAGGCAUGUGAGGGCAUGGAUGUGCACGCAACCUAUGAUGAGCACCAGGUCACUGAAUCCAUCAAUACCAUGCAGACAGAGCACUUAGUCCAACCUUCGGGAGUAGAGGAAGACUUUCAUAUCGGGGAAAAAAAAGUGGAAGCAGAGUUUGAUGAACAGGCUGAUGAAAGCAAUUAUGAUGAGCAGGUGGAUUUCUAUGGCUCUUCUAUGGAGGAGUUUUCUGGAGAGAGGUCAGAUGGGAAUCUAAUUGGGCAUAGACAGGAGGCUGUCCUAGCAUCAGGCUACAGUGAGAAUAUUGAAAUGGUUACAGGGAUUAAAGAAGAAGCUUCCCAUUUAGGAUUCUCUGCCACCGACAAGCUGUAUCCUUGUCAGUGUGGGAAAAGUUUCACUCACAAGAGUCAGAGAGAUCGACACAUGAGCAUGCACCUCGGUCUUCGGCCUUAUGGCUGUGGUGUCUGUGGUAAGAAAUUCAAAAUGAAGCAUCAUCUCGUGGGCCACAUGAAAAUUCAUACAGGCAUAAAGCCGUAUGAGUGUAAUAUCUGUGCAAAGAGAUUUAUGUGGAGGGACAGUUUCCACAGGCAUGUGACUUCUUGUACCAAGUCCUACGAAGUUGCAAAGGCUGAGCAGAAUACUGAGCAGAAUACGACUGAGGCUAACUAAAAAUAGGAUCUGGCCCUUGAGUGGCAGGCACAAAAAUAAACUAUGGUAAUUAUGCAAAUCUGGGCACAGAUGAUGCGUGCUACUUGCUAUUAUGAGAGAAGCUUAAAAAAAAUGGAAGAUAUUUCUGAAAGACCAGCUCUAAGUAGGCCAAUUUAAAAAUCUAAUUCCUCAAAUUUGUAUGUUCCUGUCCAGGCCUGGAGUGGGUAAUGGGGAGAAGUUAACCCACCUCCCAACUGGCAAGGUAAACCUUCAGGCCCAUUGUUGAGAUUGAGGCAGGUGGACUUGGUGAUAGAGACACCUGCGCUUGGAACUGGACUCCAACCUACCAGUUCUGUUUCAGGUGGCAGCAAAUUUUGAUCACUCAUUACAAGGUCAUGUUGGAAUUUUAUUUAGCUCUCCCCAUAGAUACUUAGGUAAUGUGGAUUUGUUUUGGUAGCUGCCUCACUGAAUGAAAUGCUACUUAAUGUAAAAGCUACAAAUUAUGUGAUUCCUGGGAUGCUAAAUUGAUUAACAGAUCUCUCUUCUCUGGUUUUAUUCUCUCUAAAGGGUAUUUUAACUAAAAACUAUGGCGAUGCUAUGAGGGCGACGUUCUAAGUAUGAAACAAAUAACGGUACAAGCUUCAAUUUCUGUGAGAUGCCACUGUCACGAUGUGUUUCAGAUUCUUGAUAAGGCAAAAUUUUGUAUUUUAGUACUAACAUUUAGUUUGGACAAUUGUAUCUAAUUGUAAUUCUCUAGGGUGCCAGAGAUAGGUAUUUCUAAUUGGUUUGCUGUCCCAAAUCCUGUUUAAUUAUAGCAUCCACACAGUGGGAUCUGCACUGUGGCUAGUAGGCGUCUAGCCUGCUUUGACUCUACCAUGGUACCAUUGACUGCUGCAGCCAUUUCUCUCUCAGAUUAUAAUGCUUCCUGAAGAGGUCAUUCAGUGACCACAGUUAGUGGGAAUGAGCCAGAAGUCAUGGCUGAGAGUUACCUGCAAGCAUAAGGAGUUUAUAGGGGGCUAUAGUGACACUCCAACUGUCAGUGAGAGUUGCUAAGUAGCAGAGUUUUGAGCGGCAGGAGAAAACUGCCCAAGCAAGAGGAAUCUUGAAAAUACACUGGUAAGGGAUGUAGUUUUAGAGGGGCACACUGAGCUAAUGCUGCCAGUUCUUUAGGAGUGCUGGGAUGUGUUUUCAAGGGGGGAAAAAGGAACCCUAACUUUAGAAAGUAGUCUACAGAUUCAUGCUCCCAAAUUCUAGGUAAAGCUGCAUAAAUUUACAAGUCCACAUAGCUGUACUUACCAGAAACCAGCAAGAAAAGCAGCUGUUCUUGCGACCUUUUCUGCAGCUCUGUCAGAUGUUUUAGGUUAAAAAGGAAGCAUAUAUUCAGGAUGCUUUCAAGCUGUGUCAUAUACCUGAAGUUCUCACUAGGGUAGGACAGGGUGCUACUAUUAUGUCAACUUUUCCACAAAUUACUGGUCUUUUACUUCCAAGUGGAAACUUUUUUCCUGAAAAUAAAAACUUUUCCUGGAUUUGAGGUGAAAUUUUGUUUUAAAAGUUUGGCUUUGCUCUAAUGUGAUAGACAUUGCUGGCAAUUGCCUUGAGUCCUCAAGCUCCAACCACAAAGGCAUUUACUGGUUGAACCUUGUCUGGAAAGGAGAAAGAAAGUACUUAUUUACCAGUUAACUCUUGUAGUCAACAUUACAGAACAGGGAUCUAUCUAUUCAUUAACACUGUAUCAUUCUCGAUAUAUAAAAAGCACUUUGUAUUUAAAACUUUAUUAUAGAUAUAUAUAUAUAUAUAUAUUGAUUUUUUUAACCUAGAAACUAGAUAGUACCUCUUGGUUGUUUGCCACAUUAAUAUUCUCUUUGUGUCGAAAAUUCACCAGUUAACAGUCCUUUCUCUGCAUACCUGACAGAUGUGUAUAGAGGUGACUGUGCAAGCAAAGUUCAAUUGCUCCUUCUCUCUUUUUUUUUUUUUUCCAUGUUAGAAGCCAAUGGAUUUUAGGAAUGAUCCUAGCCAUUAUGUGUGAGGAGAAAUUGUUUUUUUAUUCCUACUAAUUUCAGUACUAAGGCAGUGAAGCCAUUUUGUUCUGCCAAAACUGAUCACCUUCUCCCAUGGUAUUAACAAAUCAUUUUCUGCCUGUUUGGAAGGUUUGAUGUGCUGUUUCCCACUAAGAUUGUUAUUCAGAUGAGCAUUGGGACAUUAUGGGAGAAGAGUCUGGGAGGUAAAAUAAAAAUAUUCUAGAAAGUAUUCUAGAAUAAAUAAAAAAUUCUAGGGAAAAAAAUGGUUCUUCAGUUAUGCUGCAAUUAGCACAGCACCUUUGUUAUGAGUAAAGAUGAAGAACUCUUGUUUAACCAGGAGUGGUGGGCAGCCCUUGGGUGGCAGUUUGGGAAGUAGUCACUUGUGCUGGGACUUAUUUCAUGUGUUGUGAAGAAAGGUGUCUUUUAUUGAAAUCCUUAGAUGUACAUCAGCUAAGUACAGAAUUUAAAAUGUAAGUUCCUCACAUCUGCUGUUUUAAGUUGUUUAUGGUAGUUGGGGUUUCCUUUAAAAUUUGGGUUGCUAAUCGGGUCAGCCAGACCCUGUGAGAUGGUUGGGCAUCUGAAAUGCUGGCCAUGUUCAGAGAGGUGGGGGAAAGAGAUUGCCUUAGUUUGGAUAGUGAAAGUGAAUUUUUUUACACUUUGCUUUUUAGGAUUAGGAGAUCAUACUGGAUUACUACCUUUUUUCUCCUGCCCACUUCGGGUUGGAUAGUCUCUUUCCUUAGCCUCAGUACAGCUUUAGAAAAUCUUUAUCCUUCCAAAUGAGUUUGGAUAGUUGUGGGUAACAUUUUCCAAACAGUCUUUCAGGGAUCGUGUUAAUGGCCUACAACCUAAGUAUUUGUCCCCUACUUUGAGUCUUAACUGUGGUUCUUCUCCAGUCCCAGUGGGAAAGGGCUUCAGGGCACCACCAGUGGUAUUUAAUAUUAGUAUUUAUACCAUGCCUUUUAUUUUUUAUCUAUACAUCACAACAAUCUACUUGGUCAAGUAGGGAUCAUCUAAGGAAGGAAUACAGUAGCCUUUCCUUGAGUAUUGAGGUCUAUCCUCAGGCGCUUCUGGGCCCCAGCCUGUUAAUUCUCAUUUGUAGAUCUCACCUUCCUCUAAUCCCUUCUGUAGGCCACGACUUUCAAAGAGUCUGCCCAGAGGGUCUUCAUUCUGGUGGCCAUUUGCUGAACUAAAGUGACCCAGCACUGGCUUCCAGCUGUUGGGAAGAGCUGCUUGGUCUCAGUGACCCCUUCCUGUGGAGGCAUGCGCUCUCCCAAGCUGCUGCUGAAGUGACAUGGGGGCAGAGCAGAAGCAGCUCAGUUGUGUUUGUCCUGGGGAGGGGGAUUUGCUGCAGCCCCCCACUUGGGUGAGGGUGGAGAGGACUCCCAUCACACCAGAUCCACAUUUUUGUCCUUGUAAAGAUCUCUGAUAAUUUAGUAAUGCUGGAAACUAAGCAACAUAUUUAUCCCCUUCCCCAACCCCCACCUGUGCCACACUAAUUUUGUGUUUUAAUUGCUUUCAUGGGUGACUAACUUUGUUUAGUAAAACCAGGGUUUGUUUGUUUGGUUUUUUUCUUUGCUACUUAUACAUUUAAAGGUACAUGUUUCUUUUUUUUUUUUUUUUUUUUAAGGUACAUGUUUCUUAUUUCAGAUCUCUACUGAUAGUGCCCAAUGGGAAGAUGCUGGAACACAUUUUGCAAAUGUGACUUUUUUUUUUUUUUUUUUUUAGUGUUCUUUGAAGCCUGUGUCAUAAUGUCAGUUGCUGCUGCCUUCUUUCCUUUUAUGAGGUUCCUAAUGUUUCUUCCAGAAGAUUACUUUCUUUAUGCAAGUCAGGUGACUCUUAGACCACAAAACCAUUUGAUGAUAAACAGAUUAUCAUUAGGUGCAUAUCUUAUUGAUAUUUUGUGAAAUGUUAUGCCUGUGUUGCAAAAGUUGAAUAGUUUUGUCUUUAUAUAUUGCUGUCUUCAGUGUACAGCAUGGUUUUACUUUAUUGAAUGUUACUGUUUAAUAUUUUCUUCUUAUAGAAGAGACCAUGCCCUUUUGUAUGACAUGUUUUAAUAAAUGUUAUCCGUCAA